CUCGGGUUGGUGGGACGGUUGGUAAUGAUACAAUGCAUCCAGUUAGCUUAAGCGUAUUUAUGAACCCAUAUUUAGGUGUCAUGGUAAACGAGGUUGGUUUCCUAGUAAUUAUGUCGAAAUCAUCAAGGCACCCAAUGAGAAACAAAGACAACAACCGAAACAACGUACGAUAACUGAUUUAACCAUGCAGCAACAAUUAAGAUUGAGUCUACAUGCUUCCGAUACACUCAUGGCAUCAGACAUCAUCAUGCCUUCUCCGCUAGACUCAGCCUGGGUGUUACAGACCACAGAAGAUGGUUCUGAACAAUAUUAUUAUAACAAACACACACACGAAAUGAGGUAUUCAUUUCCUUAUCCUAUGGAAAACAACGAGAGCCUGUCUAGUUUGAACGAUGGCACGUUUCAUAAUGGACAGCAUGGCAUGGGUCUCGAAACACCUACUCGUCCGGCACGAUCAGACCAUCGUAUCAGAACAGAAUCAAGUCAGGAUAGUCUACCUUUAUUAGAAGAAGAAGAGUUUUAUGAUGAUGAAAAACUUCCUCCACAUUGGGUCCGAGAAACAACAGCCCAAGGUCGAUUUUAUUAUUUGAACACCAAGACACUUCAAACCACUUGGGAAUUAGAAAACAUUGAUCCAGACACAGGUGCAUUAUUGACUUGUUUGCCCAAUACACCAUCACCACCACCACCACCACCAGGAGCCAUGGAUAACACUCGUCUUCAAGAAGAACCCCUAUUGACACUAGAAAAAGAAGAAUGUACAUGGUCACAUCUUUCUGAAUCGAUUGAACAAGCGGUUGAUACACUGCACACUUCGAUUCGUCAACAUCAACCUCAGUGUUUGUCACAAGAUGCCACACGCAUUGUCCACCAUGUCCGACGCUUACUCUAUGUCACACACUGUAUAGAAAAGGAUGCCUCUGUCUAUCUCGGAUCGCACAAAUCAUUACGACAGGCACAUCGUACCUUAUUGGCUUCGUUAGCUAAACUGGUACUUGCUACAAAAGUGGCUUCCGGUGCUUGGCCUGCUCCAUCCUCCUUGACCAAGUUAGAUGCAGACGCCACUGAUGUCCUGAUGGCCACACGCCAAUUUAUCAGUACAGCACAGGCAUGUCGUGUGGACAUUCGACAGGGCAAACCCACACUCAAGACAGAGACAGGCGAUGAGUUUCGUAAUAACCCUUUGAUCCUCAAAAGCAUGGCUCAUGCAUCCGACAAUAAUAUGGUGACAUCCACCUUGGUCUUGGUGGAUCAGGUCCGUGGUGCCAUGACAUCCUUUAUGGACAGUGUGAAAACGGCUUAUGAUCAUCCAACCACACUCAAGAUGCAUGCGCCUAUGCUCGUGGCUCAGUUUCGUAAUUUGAGCAAUACUACUAGUCAGUUCCUGAAUGCGAUUGAACAUGUGUGUCAAGCACAACCGUAUCAGGCACGUACAAAAGCACUCGUCGAGUCCAAGCAGCCUGUGUAUGUCGCUAUGGGUGGACUCUUUGUGGCUUCUCAGACAAUCACAUCGUCUGAUCUAGACCAAGAACAAUUGAAAGCUGCUUAUGAACGACUUGUACAGUGUGUCGAGACGAUUGAGAAAGGACUCACGCAUGUGAUGGAGACCAUCUCAUCAGAUCCUAUGCUUCAUCAAACAGACCCUGAAGACACCAUACAGCCUGAUGUAGACACGCCUCAGCGUAAAGACAAGGUCACCAAACUGGCUGAAUUCUUUGGCGAAGACACCUUGACAGCUCGUCUUCGUGAAGAUAUCAGCACAGUGCCCAUCACUAAUGCGCAUGGAUUAGAAGUCCCUUGGUAUUUAGGUUCUGAUUGUGAUCCCAAUCAAAUUAGUUUUAAUAUGGAGGGGAAUGUCAAGGGUGGCUCAUUGCAUACAUUAGUACAGUACAUGACACAGCACGAUCAACUAGAUUCCAAAUUUAACUCUACUUUUCUGUUGACCUAUCGCUCUUUCUGUACAACGGAACAAUUGUUUCAUGAACUGUUCAGUCGAUACCAAUUGGCUGCACCAGACGCAUUGACAGCAGAAGAACUGGGGAUCUGGAAAGAAAAGAAAUUAAAGCUUGUGCGAUUAAGAGUGUUUAAUAUCAUUAAAUCCUGGCUUGAGACCUACUUUAAUGAAGAAGAAGAUCGCCCUAUCUUGCCUGAAAUCAGUCAUUUUACAGAACAUGUCAUUGUCGAAAGUAUGAAAUUUGGUGCAGAACAAUUGACCAAAUUGAUCAAGAAACGCAUGUUGGCUGAAGAUUCAGGCCAGAUUCGUAAAAUGAAACUGAACGUACGUACAGCAGACAUGCCUCCCUCGAUCUUGCCCAAGAACAUGAAGCACAUCAAACUACUUGAACUGGAUCCAUUGGAACUGGCUAGACAGAUGACCAUUAUGGAUUUUAAGCUUUACAACCGUAUCAAACCCGUGGAAUGUCUUGACAAAAACUGGGGUAAACCUGACUCGGAGAACCACAUUGCCGCCAAUAUCAAAGCCUCGAUUGAACAUUCCAAUCAAGUCACUGCUUGGGUGACAGACUCCAUCUUGAGUAAAGAAGAAGUCAAGAAGCGCGCUGUCGUCAUGAAGCAUUGGAUCAGUGUGGCUGAACGAUGCAGAACCCUCAACAAUUUUAAUAUGUGUAUGGCUAUUUUGUCUGCAUUUGAUAAUGGUUCCAUCGGUCGUCUAAAGCGUACUUGGGAACUGAUGAGUACACGUAGUAUGCUGACAUUGCAGAACAUACGUCGAUUGAUGGGUGCCCAACGUAAUUUUGCAGAAUACAGAGAGUUGAUCAAAAAAGUCAAUCCUCCUUGCAUUCCAUUUUUGGGUAUUUACCUACAAGAUUUGACAUUCAUUGAAGAUGGCAAUUCAAAUUAUCUAAAAAAGACAAAUAACCAGAUUAACUUUGCUAAACGCAUGAAAACAGCAGAAGUCAUACGUGACUUGCAACAAUAUCAGUCAACUCAUUAUAUGCUGACAGCUGUGCCUGAUAUUCAAGAAUUCAUCAAGACCCAUUUACAUUCAAGCAGAGAAGAAGAUGAACUGUAUGAAUUAAGCUUAAAGUUAGAGCCAAGGGAGCGUGGUGAAGAUACGAUUGCCAGACGUUUGAAGGAGUCAGGGCUAUAAAAUCCCUAUUGUAUUUCAAUUUGUGUAUAUCAUGUUGUUUCGUUUUUUUUUUCUUACCCAAAAAAGGAAAUUUUUUUUCUAGUAUAAAUAAUUCAUUCAAUCAU